CGGCCAUCCGUCGUCGCCGUCGUCGUCAUUCGCACGCCGUCACGGCGACAGAACGCCAGCGACAUCGACCGCGCCCGCACACGCUCCGCUCGCGCAACGUAACAACAAAGUAUUUAAGGAAAAAAAAAAAGUAAUACGUUACCGUCAUGUUCGCCUGCACUGCGCCCCUGUCCGCCGCCGCCGUCGUCUGUUGCACGCUGCUCGUCACCGUCGCCGCCAGACGCGGACAGAACGCGGCCCGUCCGACGACGACCGCGGAUUGGCGCGAAGACGUCGUCCACACGCCCGGCGACGGGUUGCUUCCGAGCGACACUUCGGGCGGUAGUUCUUCGUGCUGCAACGGGCCAUACACUACCGCCGCCGCCGCCGCCGCCUCCCCGUCGUCAUACAGCAACGCCGUCGGUCCCCGUGAAAUCCCUUUGAAUGUUAUAUUUGAAUUGAAUCAGGUGACAAAUGUAUCAGAACUGUUUUCUAAAUUUAUGCCAGAUGUAAAUUUAGAUGAAGUCCAAACACUAUACGCUACAACAGGUUUUCAAAGCCGAACUGCACCAAAUAUAGAAAGGAAAUCAACGUUGGUACCUAAGCCAGCCGGCUGUUCUGUUGAACUUCAAACGAUCAGUCUUAAAGAUACUGACGAUCAAAGUUUAUAUUAUUAUCCAACGUGCACUCGGGUAAAUCGUUGUGGAGGUUGUUGCGCUCACGACUUAUUGGCAUGUCAACCGACCAAAGUCGAUACCCUCAACUUUGAAGUAAUGGUCUCACAGUAUAAUGAUGUGGGGAAAUUAGAAUUCAAAGGUCGAAAAACGGUGUCGAUAGAUCAACAUUUGAAAUGCAAGUGUGGAUGCAUUGUUAAACAAGAAGAUUGUACCCCUUUACAAACGUAUUACCCCAACGAAUGUCGUUGUAUGUGUAGUAACGAAGAGGACCGCGAUAAAUGUAACGAAGAAUACAAUUUAAAGCUAUGGAAUUCAGCGACUUGCACGUGCCAAUGCCGCGAAAUAAAAGAAUGUACUUCAGGAUUUGGAUUUGACUAUAAUACAUGCGGGUGUGAAGCUUUAAGACAAAGAAUAAAAAACCCUGGUUAUGAAUUUAACAAGAACACAUAUUCAUUGGGAGGAACGUGACCUAAUUUAAAUUUUGAUGAAGUGUGUUAGAUUUUAACACGAAAAAUCUAUUAUUGAAAAAAUGAAUAUUGUAAGGGAAAUGUUGUUAUAUUAGAAUGUAACUAGUUUUAAGAAAAACAUCUAUAUUCUUAAAACAGCUUCGAUGUAUCUAGUUAGACCAUUUUAUUUGUCCUAAAAAUAUCAAUUAAAAAAUGUUCACAGAAUAAAAUGCUUGAAAAAUAAAAAAUGGUUCCUUAUAAUAAGUUUUUAUUAUAAAUAUUUUCAAAUAUUAAUGAUUUGAUUUUUAAGCACUUGAAGUUUAAACUUUGUUCGAAUUCAUCAGUCACAUAUAUUUGCAAAUAAUUUUAUAUAAUUAAAAAUGUUAACAAAAAAUAAAUUUUUAUAGAUAAGGAUUGAAAAUGUAGUAUAAGAUUUUUCAUCAUUUAUUAUAUAUUGUUAUUUAUUAUAUGCAAUCAAUAAAUCAAAAAAUAUAUUAUUA